AUGGCCAUGGAUGAUGAUGAUGGGCUUAUGCUCGUAAACUUUUCAACAAGUGUUGACAACAAUGCAAGUUCUUCUAAACAAAUAAAGGUGACAGGAGGUAAAUGGAAAGACCGUCGAAAGUUAAAAUUAAAGCUUGAAGGCCGAGAAAGGCGGAACAAGAGGCCUUUAGAUGUUAAAGAAGAUCAAAUUGAGGUAUCUGGUGGUUUUGCAACCAAAAAACCUCAUUUAGAGGACACUCUGGCUAAAGAGAAAUCUGUUAAGAGCCAACCCAUUCAGAUAAAUUCUCAAAUAGUCUCCUCACUUUUUACUUCCAACAGACAGAUCAAUACAUCAGUGAACAGCAAUGAGCGCGAUGGGUCGGCAGAAGUGAAUCCUUCGAACGCGCCUAUGAUGCGGGACUCAUUUGAAGCUCUUGGCAUUAGCUUGCCGUUGGUAAGCCAUCUAAAAAAUGUGCUAAAGGUGGAAAAGCCAAUGAAGAUCCAAAUGCUGGCUAUUCCGGAGCUGCUAAAAGCCAAUAAUGACUUGUUUAUUCAUGCUCAGACGGGUUCUGGUAAGACUUUGGCUUUUAUGCUGCCGAUUCUGCAGACGAUCCUUUCUAUGGAGGAACGCAUAGACAGGAAGAGUGGUUGUUUUGCGAUGAUUAUUGCACCUACCAGAGAGUUGGCGCAGCAGAUGUUUGCCGUUGCUAGUCCCUUGAUGCAGUUUUGCCACUAUCUGGUGCCUUGCUUGCUUAUUGGUGGUGAGAGAAAGAAGUCAGAGAAAGCGAGGCUUAGAAAGGGCUGUAACUUCAUCAUAGGGACACCAGGUCGUAUCUUGGACCAUCUACAGAACACCAAGAGUAUCCGUCGCGAUCUAGCACUGUCAUUGCGGUACCUGGUGCUUGACGAAGGUGACAAGCUGAUGGAAUUGGGUUUCGAGAAGACCAUUAAUGAGAUCCUAGAUAUUAUUCACGAUGUACCUUGUGACAACUCGCGAUUCGCAAAGUUGCCUACCAGAAUUACCCAUGUCCUCUGUAGUGCGACAAGAAAAGGUCAUGUCAAUAAGCUCGGCAACAUUGUGCUAAAAGACCAUAAGGUCAUCAGCAGUGGUCAACUACUUGAGGAAAUGAGCACCGCGCCAGACCAGCUGCUACAGCAUAUAACGGUGGUACCACCCAAGCUAAGACUCGUCACGCUAGCAGGGUUAUUGAAUAAUCUCACCGUCAAAUAUCAGCGCAAAACCUGUCGCACAAUAAUAUUUCUAUCCUGUUCCGAUAGCGUUGACUUUCACUACGAAGCUUUCUCUGCAAGCGGCCGUUUUGCUAGCUUGGCUGGUGACACUGUCCGAAAACUUACGCGAGGCAAUGAUCUAUUUCCGUCCUUUGCCGAUGAUGCUGAUCCCAACGUAAUAAUGUACAAGCUGCAUGGUUCUCUUUCACAGCAAACUCGUACAGCUACUCUGAAACAUUUCUCCACCGAUAAUGACACUACAAACGGUAAUCAUCUUAUCCUGUUCUGUACUGACGUGGCCUCCAGAGGCUUGGAUCUACCCAGCUUGAGCACAGUUAUAGAAUUGGAUCCACCCUUCGCUGUAGAGGACCAUUUACACAGAGUAGGAAGAACAGCCAGAGCCGGUGUCAGUGGUCAGGCAUUCCUGUUCUUACUACCUGGCGAAGAGGAGGGCUACAUGGAUUACAUAAAGCCCCUCCACCCAAGGGGUUGGAAAUUACUUCACUACGAUACCGACAUUCUCCAUCCUGCCUUCCAAGGCACAAGGGUCCAGCGAACUGACAGAAGGUCCGUGGCCGACCCCGCUAUUAUUACCAACUGGGACAGUAACGCCACUACGUGGCAUCUAAAUAUAGAAAGAAGAGCCUUAGACGAUCCCGUAUUUAAGCAGCAGGCAACCAAGGCCUACACAAGCCAUCUGAGAGCUUACACAACUCAUAUCUCGAAGGAAAAGGUUUAUUUCAACCUAAAAUACCUUCAUUUAGGCCACAUUGCGAAAUCCUUCGCACUAAGAGAAAGACCUAAGGCCAUGUCAUCACUCCAACCCAUUGACCAAGCCUCAGCCUCGAAGUUACCCAAAGAAGACACCAGAUCUAAGAUGAUGCGCAUAGCUCGUAAUACAGUGAAGCAGAGCUCUUUCGAGUUUAAUUACUAA